CAAGAUGGGUGCAGUGCUGGACACUCCGGCGAGCUGCCCGCUGUGCAACGAGCUGACCCGUGACCCCGUCGUCCUCAAAUGUAAACACCGGUUCUGCCAACGAUGCAUCGGAGACCUGUGGAGCAUUACUCCAAACGGGCCAUACAAUUGUCCAGAGUGGAGGUGUAAAACAGUGUACCAGACUCUUCCGUUUGAUCGCAGUUUGAUACGGCCGCCGCCAACCCCCAGUCGACGGGCUCAGCCUCGCAGCACUACAAUUGAAGGCACAUCCAGUAACAAUGAACAGAACAGAUCUGACUCGACACUGAAGAGGCCCUCAAUCACCAGCCGACUGCUCGGGAAGAGGAAGGCCAGCACACCUGUACCAGAAGAACCUGACACAAAACGGUCAAGUAAGGUAUCUGCUUCUGAGAGGCCCAGUGAUGCUGAGACUCCCACCACUUCCUUGUCACAGGAUCCUGUGCAGUCGACUGGUGUGGAGGCAGCUAUGACAGAAGUGACCCGAGAAUCUACACAGUCUCAAAGUGGUGACGGCCCAUCCUACAGUGACAACUCUGAGAGCAAUGCAGUACCUACAAGUGAUUUGCCACAAGAUUUGUCAACCCAGCAGAGCCCGCAUAAAUCAGUAGAAGUUGUCACACUGGAUAACUCUGAUAGCUCUGAUGAAGUAGAUAUAUGUGAUGCGCCUCUUCUUGCAACACCCAAGAAACACACACAAAUGACAGGAAUUCAUGCAUCGCCACAAAAACCUGCCUCACCCACCAACUCUGAUUCAUUUCCAGGGGUCUCAACUCCAGGAAAAGAUAAGUCCCCUGCGCCCCAUGUCAGCAAGCACCCUCUAAUAAUCACCAAACAACCUGGAGCUGCUUCAGGAUCUCCAAGCCGUAUUGGCAUCUUUGCAAAGCUAGAAAGCAAAAAAACCAGGCCUGUGCCCUGCCAUUAUUGUCCUAAAACAGUAUAUCAGCCUGCUGUGAAGACCUGUCUGGUGUGCGGGGCCUCCAUGUGUGCAGAGCACCUGCGUCCCCACUUGGACUCCCCUGUGUUUCAGAGUCACACCCUGGUUCCUCCCAUGGAGGAUAUUUCUCUCUGGAAGUGCCAGGAGCACCAUGAGAUGAACCGUAUCUACUGCAGUCAGUGUGCAGUGUGUGUGUGCACUGUGUGUACAGUCAUAGGUUCCCAUCGCAACCAUGUCUGCAUCAGCAUCAGAGAGGCAGAGAGAGAGCUCAGGGGUAAUCUGAAGGAGGAAAUCAAACAACUGCAGGAGACUGAACAGCAAGUGAAGACAAGGAUGACUGAACUCACUCAGCAAAAAGAGACUUCCACAGUGGCUUUAAGCGAGGCUCGAGCAGGGGUGCAGCAGCAGUACGGAGCUAUCAGGGAGGCCCUGGAGCAGGAGGAGCAAACAGCCCUUCAGUGUGUGACCAAGGAGGAGAGCAAGGUUUUGGGAGGGCUAGAGGAGAAACUCAGCCAACUCCAGAGUUCCCUGCAAUCCAUCCAGCAAGGCCUGCACACCCUGGAGGGGCUGGCAGAUGCCAAGGGUGAAAAACACAUCCAAGACCAGGCCUUCAUUAUGGAAUACAGCAAGGUAGCCCAACUGGCUGGUGACAUGGGAAGUUGUUUGGAUCAGUUGGAAGCUCCAGAGGAAGUGGAUCAAGCCCGGCUGAAAUUUCUGCAGAUGUGGACCGAGAAACGGCUGGACACAGUCGUCAUCACUUCGCCGAGCAAAGACAGAGACCUCUACAGGCUGCUUUAUGGUACCAUCCCCAACUUGGAUGCAGAUACAGCCCAUCCCAAGCUGCAGCUGUCUGAAAACAACAGGAGGGUGACCUACAGCGAGGCCCAGCAGGCCUACACAGAGCAGGAGGCAAGGUUCAGUUCCUUUCCACAGGUCCUAGCCUCCCGUGCCCUAGAGGGAGGUCGCUGGUAUUGGGAGGUGAGCGUGUCUGUGGAUGAGGGCCGCUGGAAAGUGGGGCUGUGUGAGGGUCAGAUAGAGAGGAAGGGCCAAAAGGACAACUCUCGCCUGGGCUUCAACUCGUACUCCUGGUGCCUGGCCUGUGACAGACGGAAGGUGGAGGCUCUACAUAACAAGGUGGCGGUGGCCGUGGAUGCAGACAGGCUGCAAAGGGUCGGAAUGCUCCUCGACAUCGAGGAGGGUGUUUUAUCAUUCUUUAGUGUGACACCAGAGGGCACUCUAGCUUUGAUGCAUUCCUACAAGCACAGGUUCACUGAGCCGCUUUACCCAGCCUUGUCAGUGUCUAAAACACAGCUGGCCAUCUGUGAUCUGUUCCAGUUGUAAUCCACAGAAUAGUGAAUAUAACAGUCGCUGAAAAUAUACAGUAUACUAAAGCGCUGUGCCUUUUUUAAAUAUGUGAAAAUCAUUCCUUCAUCUGUGUCAGUUUGAAAAAUUCUCGGGGAUUACAGUUCUGUGAUGUGCUAUUUACACUAUAAAGCUUUAAUUUUGCAACACUCCUUAAAUGUGAUUUAAUAUCAUUUUAUAGCACUGGACUUGUAAAAUGCCUAAAUGCUGUUCACUGUGCAUUUAACAUUCCACAUUUGUCUCAGCUGUUUUAUAUCAGAAUUUUAACUUGUGUAUGUUUUUAAUUUUAGAAUUAGUCAAUGAACAAAUGAGCAGGUCUUCACAUAUGAGUUAAGUUAGCACUGUCGAUCAAUAAAACAUUGGUUUAUGAAAUACUGUAAUUUUUUGUUAUAAAAAUGUUUAAGAUUUACUCCAUAUCAUCUUUGACAUCUCAUUCUU